CAGCCCAAACGAAGAAGCUCGGCCAGAAUAGAGAGGCGGUCAAGCGUUACAGUUAUUCUCAGUUCGUGUCAAAAUGAGCUUCUUCCUCCCUAAACUGUCGUGUAAGAAAGAUGUCGAUGAAGCCAUCAAAACCGUGGCGGAGAAAGUUCUGGUGCUGCGCUUCGGAAGAGAUGAGGACUCUGUCUGCCUGCAGCUGGAUGAGAUUCUGUCAAAAACCUCCCAUGACUUGAAGAAUAUGACUUCAAUCUAUCUUGUGGACGUGGACAAAGUGCCAGUUUACACUCGAUACUUUGACAUCAGCUAUAUUCCCUCCACUGUCUUCUUCUUCAAUGGACAGCACAUGAAGGUUGAUUAUGGGUCUCCAGACCAUACCAAGUUUGUUGGAUGCUUUAAAACCAAGCAAGACUUCAUUGAUCUUGUUGAGGUGAUCUACCGAGGAGCCAUGAGAGGAAAACUGAUUGUGCAAAGCCCCAUCGAUCCAAGGAACAUACCUAAAUAUGAUCUCCUCUACCAUGAUAUCUAGCUACCUGUGUGUCACCACCAACUUUGGCUUUUGAUAGAUGGAAUAUGCACAUAGUUAAGAACUAAGCCUAUAGUUCUAUAUAAAGAAGUGUUCGAGUAUAGAUUGUAACUAUAAAGCAACUAUAUUUCAAAGGUUUCCAUUUGUUUCCUAUGGAAAUUAUUGUUAAAUGUGCUUGUUUUCUUUUGAAAACAGAGAGCAGCAAAGUUUGGAUGAUAAUUUUGGUUCAUGUUUGUCAUUUUUGCAUUAAAUAAAUGUUUGUAUAUAA